CCUUAAAUCCCACCCCCAUUCUCAACUGAUGAUUUGAAAAUUUUCAUUUCGAAGUCUUUCAUAGUCAACAGUACCAACCAUAUCAUUCUCCUUCAAUACUUUCUCUCUCUAUCAAAUCUAGUCUCUCCUGAAUUCUAGUAUCCUAUCACUUUAACUCAUUAAUAUCAACCCCAAUGGAGCCUCGUCGAAUCCAUGAAAAUGAGGUGGACCUCACUGCUCCUACCCCACAGCUUUUAGCUUCUUUAGUCCAGUCUCGUUUGAAUGGCCUUGUUGGUCGUUCUUCUGGUUAUAUCGAAUCCCUUCCUGCACCCAUCCGACAACGUGUGGAUGGUUUGAAUGGUAUUCAAGCCGAACAUGCCAAGAUCGAAGCCGACUUUCAAAAAGAUGUCCUCGAACUAGAAAAGAAGUACGCACAUCGAUAUGGACCUCUUUACGAACGAAGAGCCGAGAUCAUUGCGGGUAAAAUCGAACCUUCAGCAGAGGAAAUCGCAGCUGGAAUCAAGAUGGAAGAAGAUGAAGAGUCGGAUGAUGAAGAGUCUGGAGAUGAUGCUGAAAGUCCAAAACGAUCGGCUCGUGUACCUCCUACUGCUGAGGAACUGGCUGAAUUUCCAAAGGGUAUUCCUGAAUUCUGGGUGACUGCUUUGAGUAACCAUCUUGGUAUCUCUGAUUUGAUCACCGAACGUGAUCAAGCUGCGCUUAAGCAUCUUGAAGAUAUUCGUGUUACCUAUCUCGAUGGCAAGCCUGGCUUUAAACUCACCUUUUCCUUCGGUCCUGGUGCUAAGGAGUUCUUUGAAAACGAAAAGUUAGAGAAGACUUACUAUUAUCAGGAUACUGUGGGUUACGCUGGUGAUUUUGUUUAUGAAAAAGCUGAAGGGACAAAGAUCCUUUGGAAGACUGGUAAGGAUUUAACCGUCAAGGUCGAAACCAAGAAACAACGAAACAAAAACACAAAUCAAACCCGAGUAGUCAAGAAAGUGGUCCCAACCGACUCUUUCUUUACCUUCUUUAGUCCACCCACUCCACCUGCUGAAGAAGACAACUUAUCCGAAGGGGAGCAAGACGAUAUCGAACAACGUCUCGAACUUGACUAUCAAAUUGGUGAAGAUCUGAAGGAAAGGAUCAUCCCACGGGCUAUCGAUUUCUUCACUGGCAAGGCAUUACGCUUCGAGGAUGCUGUUGACGAUGAACUAUCGGAUGAAUUUGACGACGACGACGACGAUGAUGAUGACGACGACGAUGACGAGGACGCAGAUGCUCCUGGCCGCUUGGUUGUCCCCGGAGCUAGAAAAUCCCGAAAAGCCCCAGUCCCCCCAAGUGGCGUCACGCCUGCUAGUAACCAGGAUCCUCAGGAAUGCAAGCAGCAAUGAUUGCUACAAGAUAACUUGCGAUACUCUUAAUGUUACUUGAAAAUGAAAACUAGUGCAAACACAUUCUUUAGCUCAUCAAAACCUGUCUAUCUAUCAAGGUUCUUUGAAUAGCUCUGAGAUUUGUGUGCGACUCAAAAAAAUGAUUGUAAUCUUCAGUUUGAAAAAAUACACGUUUAUGAAUGUUAUCCUUUCGAUCCAACAUGAUCUUCACCAAGUACAGCUUGUAGAUGCCUCAAACUGAUUGUCGUAAGGCUAUGCUUCUGUUUUGGUUCAAGUAUUUUGUCCGUUUUUGAUUCCUUUUCUUAGUGAAGUGUUAAGUUUGUCUUUGUCUAUUUCAUUUCCUUUAUAAUAUCAAAUUGAUGGUCUUGAUACAAUAGCGGU